CUCCACCCUAUGGAACCAGGGAACAGUACACAUAUCUCAAAAUUUCUUCUUCUGGGAUUCUCAGAGGAACCAAAACUUCAGCCCCUCAUAUUUGGGCUUUUCCUCUCCAUGUACCUGAUCACUGUGUUUGGAAACCUGCUCAUCAUCCUGGCUGCCAGCUCUGACUCCCACCUCCACUCACCCAUGUACUUUUUUCUAUGCAACCUGUCCUUCGUAGACAUAUGUUUCACUUCCACCACCAUCCCAAAGAUGCUGUGGAACAUCCAGACCCAGAAUAAAGUUAUAACCUACAGAGGCUGUAUCACCCAAAUAUACUUUUACAUACACUUUGCAGGAUUGGAUAUCUUUCUUCUGACUGUGAUGGCCUAUGACCGGUUUGUGGCCAUAUGUGAUCCCCUGCACUACAUGCUCAUCAUGAACCCCCAGCUCUGUGGGCUUCUGGUUCUGGUGUCCUGGGUGAUGUGUGCCAUGUAUUCUUUAUUACACAGCUUAAUGGUGUUGCAGCUGUCUUUUUGUAUAGACUUGGAGAUUCCUCACUUUUUUUGUGAAAUCAAACAAGUGGUCCAACUUGCCUGUUCAGACACCUUUCUUAAUAAUAUGGUGAUGCAUUUUGGAGCUGGACUUCUGGGUGGUAGUACCCUGGCUGGUAUCCUUUACUCUUACUCUAAAAUAAUUUCCUCUAUAUGUAGAAACUCAUCCACUCAGGGGAAGCAUAAAGCAUUUUCUACCUGUGUAUCUCACCUCUCAGUUGUCUCCUUAUUUUAUUGUACUAGCCUAGGAGUGUACCUCAGCCCUUUUGUUACCCACAGCUCACAGUCAAGUGCAACAGCUGCGGUAAUGUACACUGUGGUCACACCCAUGUUGAACCCCUUCAUCUACAGUCUGAGAAAUAAAGACAUAAAGAGGGCUCUGGAGAGAAUUUAUCAGAAACUUGUGUUGAAUUUUGUCAAAAUCUCAGCAAUCUUAGGCUCCUCAGGUCAUGUUUCCUUUGGAGACCUAAGUCUGGCUGGGAAAUCUAUCCCUUCCUCCUUCCAGAAGUGUCUUGUGGGGAUGGAGUUUCCAUCUCCAUUAUCAACCAUCCAGGAGGCGUUUGAACUUCCACACAGAGACCUUUCUCUCAGAGUUCCCAUCCAGAUGGACAACUUCCUUCUGACCAUGAUACCCUAUGAUCUCUUUGUGGCCAUCUGCCGCCCCCUGCAAUAUACAGUCAUUAUGAACCCUAUUCUCUGUGGACUGCUGGUUCUAAUCUCCUGGAAAACCAAAGUGUGCUUUACGACAGGUGCCAGAGAGACAGUGCAAGAACAGCAGCCAGGACUCUUUGAAGAAAAUUCUGACAACUGCAUCACUAUCUUCCUCAGGAAGCCCAGCGAAGAAUGA